GCAGGCGCUGCAGGUGGAGAUCACCGAUCACCUCCGUCACGAAAGCGCGGGAAAAGUCUGCGGUCCGUGGAAACACCGUCUCAGCCCCGCAGCCGGGUUUCUCCUUUCCUUUCAGAAUGACAUCCCUGGGUAGCGUCUGCUUCCUCUUGCCUGUUGCUUUCCACCUUUUGAUGUUGCCAAGCAUCAGCUCUAUGGCUGCUGCUAGAAGGUGCGGCUCCAUCUACAAGGGCUUUGCCCAGUGUCUUCUGGCCUUGGGGGACAGCUUGUCUGUCAGCAGCCAAAAAGAAGAGGACCUGCACGAGAUCGACUCAGUCUGCAGAUCAUGGGACGAAUUCCAUGACUGUGCCAACUUGGCCAUGGCUGGCUGCCCCAACGAAGCCGCUGCUGUGUGGGAGUCCCUGAGACAAGAGUCUAAAAAGAUGCAGUUUGCAGGUAACCUGUACGACAUGUGCUCUAGUCGCAGCCAAUCCGCAGCUGAAACAGGAGCCCAGAGCCCAGAUGAGACCAAUCAAGAGUCGCUGAAAGGAAAAGCCAGUCAUUUAAGCCUAGGCCAAAGCAUCAUUCUCCCCGUUUGCUUGUGUUUACUGUUCCUUUACCUGUGGAUAUAAACCAAGACUUUCUGCUUUAACAGACAUGCACUGGAAUGUAAUGAAUUACCAAAUGGACUGACAUGUGUGAUGUUGACAUUUAACACAUUGAAUUAAUAAUUCUUUUUUUCCCUGUAAAAAGGCAUGCUUUUAAUCAAAAUCUGACACGUACAAUGGCCUCUAUAAUUAUUGUCAUCUCUAUUCAAAUGAGCACAAAGAAAUAUCUAAAACAAAUAGCACAUGCAAUAACUGAUAUGUGGAGCUCAAACUUACAAUGACAUUUUGUCAUUUUUUUUCAAACACAGCAGUGCAGUUUUUCUACAAGAUGUUCUUUGCGAAUUUAUUGGCCAUCGUACAUUUAAUAUUUUAUUAUGCCUACCUUGGAGAGAGUAAAAGCACUAAAAGAAUAAUAACGCAAAAGUCUGAAAAAGAAUAUAAAGUAUAGUUUCACAGCAUGCUGCUUUGAGGGUGACAGAUUUUAUUUCACAUUUUCACAAUCCCAUUAUAUGUCCAAACAGGAGUUAAGGAAACAAUGAAAACUGCAUACAUUUUGCAAGCAAGCUUAAUAAUAACUGUAUACAGCAAAUUGGAUUUAUUUGACAGCAUAUAAUUGUCAGGAUUUUUUUCUUAUCCAGAGCAAUAUGCUUAGUGCUAUUAUGUUUUCCUGCAAAAGAUGUUUAUGAAUAAAAUAUCACAUUUUUAUUACAAA